AUGUCUUUGCUGUGUGGCCUUGGGAGCGGCGGCAUGGAGGCUCUCACCACCCAGCUGGGGCCGGGGCGCGAGGGUAGCUCCUCGCCCAACUCCAAGCAGGAGCUGCAGCCUUACUCCGGCUCCAGCGCUCUCAAGCCCAACCAGGUGGGCGAGACCUCGCUGUACGGAGUGCCUAUCGUGUCUCUGGUCAUCGACGGCCAGGAGCGCCUGUGCCUGGCGCAGAUCUCCAACACCCUGCUCAAGAACUACAGCUACAAUGAGAUCCACAACCGCCGCGUGGCCCUGGGCAUCACGUGCGUGCAGUGCACGCCGGUGCAGCUGGAGAUCCUGCGGCGCGCCGGGGCCAUGCCCAUCUCCUCGCGCCGCUGCGGCAUGAUCACCAAGCGCGAGGCCGAGCGCCUGUGCAAGUCGUUCCUGGGCGAGCACAAGCCCCCCAAGCUGCCCGAGAACUUCGCCUUCGACGUGGUGCACGAGUGCGCGUGGGGCUCGCGCGGCAGCUUCAUCCCCGCGCGCUACAACAGCUCGCGCGCCAAGUGCAUCAAGUGCGGCUACUGCAGCAUGUACUUCUCGCCCAACAAGUUCAUCUUCCACUCGCACCGCACGCCCGACGCCAAGUACACGCAGCCCGACGCCGCCAACUUCAACUCCUGGCGCCGCCACCUGAAGCUCAGCGACAAGUCGGCCACGGACGAGCUGAGCCACGCCUGGGAGGACGUCAAGGCCAUGUUCAACGGCGGCACCCGGAAGCGGACCUUCUCGCUGCAAGGCGGCGGCGGCGGCGGCGGCGGCGGGUCGGGGGCGCAGGGGAAAGGGGGCGCUGGCGGCGGCGGCGGCGGCGGGGGAGGCCCGGGCUGUGGUUCGGAGCUGGCCCCGGGCCCGCCACCCCACAAAAGCCUGCGUUGUGGGGAAGACGAGGCCGUCGGACCUCCUGGGCCGCCUCCUCCCCACCCGCAGCCGCGGGGACUCGGUCUGACGGCGGGAGCCGGCGGCCCUGCGGGGCCUGGUGGAGGCGCCGCCGGCGUCCGCAGCUACCCGGUGAUCCCGGUGCCCAGCAAGGGCUUCGGCCUCUUGCAGAAGCUGCCCCCGCCCCUCUUCCCUCACCCCUACGGCUUCCCCACGGCCUUCGGCCUCUGCCCCAAAAAGGACGACCCUGUGCUGGGGGCGGGCGAACCCAAGGGCGGCCCGGGCUCCGGGAGCGGCGGGGGCGCGGGCGCCGGCGGGGGAGCGGGCGGCCCAGGAGCCGGCCACCUGCCCCCGGGGGCCGGGGCUGGCCCUGGGGGCGGCGCCAUGUUCUGGGGUCACCAGCCCUCCGGGGCGGCCAAGGACGCGGCGGUGGCUGCCGCGGCCGCCGCGGCCACCGUGUACCCGACGUUCCCCAUGUUCUGGCCGGCGGCGGGCAGCCUCCCGGUGCCGCCCUACCCGGCGGCGCAGAGCCAGGCGAAGGCCGUGGCGGCCGCCGUGGCUGCCGCAGCGGCGGCGGCGGCGGCGGCGGCGGGGGGCGGCGGCCCGGAGCCUCUGGACGGCGCGGAGGCCGCCAAGGAGGGCGGCCUGGGCGCGGAGGAGCGCUGCCCCAGCGCGCUGUCCCGCGGGCCGCUGGACGAGGACGGCGCGGACGAGGCGCUGCCGCCGCCGCCGCUGGCCCCGCUGCCGCCGCCGCCGCCGCCCGCGCGCAAAGGCUCCUACGUGUCGGCCUUCCGGCCGGUGGUCAAGGACACCGAGAGCAUCGCCAAGCUCUACGGCAGCGCCCGCGACGCCUACGGCGCGGGGCCCGCCCGGGGGCCGGGGCCGAGCGCGGGGGCCGGCGGCGGCGGCGGCUACGUGAGCCCGGACUUCCUGAGCGAGGGCAGCUCCAGCUACCGCUCCGCCUCGCCCGACGUGGACACAGCCGACGAGCCCGAGGUGGACGUGGAGUCCAACCGCUUCCCCGACGACGAGGGCACGCCGGAGGAGGCCGAGCCCGGCGCGCCCGGCGCGGGAGGCGGCCCGGACGGAGAGCCGCUCGCGGGGCCCCCAUCGGCCACCUCCUCGGGCGCGGAUGGUCCUGCAGACUCUCCGGGCGGCGGCAGCCCCGGCCCCCGGCGCCGCCCGGGGCUGCCCCCGGCCAGCCGCUCCGUGUUUGGGGACCUGGUGGCCGACGACGCGGCGCGGAGACCGGAGAGGAGCCCGCCGAGCGGGGGCUACGAGCUGCGAGAGCCCUGCGGGCCGCUGGGGGGCCCCUCGCCGGCCAAGGUGUACGCGCCCGAGCGGGACCAGCACGCGAAGAGCGCAGCGGCGGCGCUGGGACCCGCGGCCUCCUACCUCUGCGCCCCCGAGGCCCACGAGCCAGAGAAGGAAGACAAUCACUCGACCGCGGCCGACGAUUUGGAAGCGAGGAAAUCCUACCCAGACCAAAGGAGUAUCUCCCAGCCAAGUCCUGCAAACACAGACCGAGGCGAAGAUGGGCUCACCUUGGAGGUCCCAGCAACUCAGCUGGUGGAGAAGGAUAUCGAGAACCUGGCCAGAGACGAGCUGCAAAAACUGCUCCUGGAGCAAAUGGAGCUCCGCAAGAAGCUGGAGCGAGAAUUUCAGAGUCUCAAAGAUAAUUUUCAGGAUCAAAUGAAGAGGGAAUUGGCUUAUCGAGAAGAAAUGGUGCAACAGCUGCAAAUUGUCAGAGACACUCUGUGUAACGAACUCGACCAAGAGCGGAAGGCGCGCUAUGCCAUCCAGCAGAAGUUAAAAGAAGCCCACGACGCCCUGCACCACUUCUCCUGCAAGAUGCUGACCCCCCGCCACUGCACUGGCAACUGCUCCUUCAAGCCCCCGCUGCUGCCCUAG